GAGUUCAGAAGAUAGUAGCUUUAUGCUAGGACAGUUAGUAUGCCGCGUAUUUUCAAACAUUGGUAGCUGAGUCAUUUAUAGUGACUACAAUAGGUCAAAACCUGUUUAUUUGUUAUCGUUUCUAUUUCAAAUAUUGUUUCAAGAGUUCUUAAUCAUUACAAUAUUGUAGUUCACAAACAGCAAGUACGCAACGACACAACCAACACAGCGCGAAUCGUCCUCCGAUCAAGCAGGACCCCUUCAAGACCUAAAUAAAAACAUGCCAUCGAGAAACCAUCUUGACAAAAUUGGACGUAAGAAAAAGAAGAAAUGGACAGAGGAAACAAUGGAACGAGCACUGAUAGAGGUGAAGUCAGGAAGAUGCACGGUGAGACAGGCUGCCAAAGAGUUUGGAGUUCCAAAAUCCUCACUUGGGGACAGAGUAAGCGGGCGGGUGACACCAGGCUGUCGCAGCGGGCCAGCUCAGCUUAUAACAUCUGCUGAUGAGGAAUUGUUGGUAGAGUUCUCCUUGUACAUGUCCAAGCAUGGAUUUCCACUUACCAAGCAGCAGGUGGUGUCCUUUGCAUCAUCGAUUUAUAAGCGCCAGCACCGGAGGGUGGCAUUUUCCAAGCUGGGCCAGACAUGGUGGCUCAAUUUUAGAAAACGACAAGAAAAGAAUAUUACUAUUCAGCCAGCAGACAAUGUUAUCCGUGGGAGGACAGUGUGUGUGAGGAAGGAAGCUGUGGAUCAGUUUUAUUGUCUGCUGAGCACUGUCAUAGACACACACAAACUCAGAGAAAAGCCUCUCCAAAUCUACAACUGCAAUGAGAUUGGCUUUCAGCUGGGAAGGAAAAGAGUGAUUCUUCCCAAAUCGGCCAGUCUUGGCUACAAGCCAACGCCAACUUCGAGGGACCACAUCUCUGUCCUGGCUUCCUUUAAUGCAGCUGGAGAGGACAUUCCUCCAUUUAUUAUCUACUCAAAGACCUAUCCAGGAGGAGUAUGUUACAAAACACAAGGGCCACCAAAUGCCCUCUAUGGGUGGUCAGACUCUGGUUAUGUCAAUUCAGACCUCUUUAAGAAAUGGUUUCUUAAACAUUUUCUAGUUCAUGCACCAAAGGAGCGCCCACUUCUGCUGAUUUUUGAUGGUCACAAGUCACCUGUGAACCUGGAGGUGGUGGAAUCAGCUCGCAAAGAGGACAUAAUUCUUCUGUGCCUUCCACCUCAUUGCUCACAUAUCCUACAGCCGCUCGAUGUCGGUCUGUUUGUGGUUCUGAAGCAGCGUUUUGCAUCACUCAUAGGUGAUGGCUGUGCCACUGAUGCAUACUUUGCAGUCAGCAAAAAGGAGUUCUCAGGUGUAUUUAAAGGAGCCUAUCAGGUAGCAAAGGAAGAGGAAGGAGUCAGAAUUGUGAAGGAAGGCUUUAGGAAAUGUGGCAUCUACCCGCUGAACCAAUGCAUCAGUAAUGAGGGUCAUUUAAUGCCAUCCCUUAGCAUUGGCCCUGCCGCUGGACCCUCCCUGUCAUUGUUGGCUCAAGGUGUGCACUCUGUGGGAGAGCUUGUAGUGGAUGAACAUUCCCCCUAGCUCAUUACUAACCUAUCAACCUGUCCUGGAGUCAGUGUCUAGGGGGGAACUGGGUGGCUGCAUAAAUCAACUAAAUCCAAUCAACUCUGACUUGUUUUCCAUUUAAAAUGCUGAAUUGCUACACAUUACUGUUUUAGUAUCAUGCACAGUGUCAUGCACCAUCCCCACCAGAAGAAAGCGAUGUCGUCAUUAAUUAUUUGUCAACAAUAUGCUCAGAUUUACUUGCUCAGCUGCAGCACUUUGUGGAGACAGAUUUUAAUGAUCUAAUGGUUUUACUAAUGAUGGUUUGCUAGUGAAGUAAUCCUUCUAUUAUUAUACAAAUAUAUUUUACAAGUACAGCACUAGUCAAAAGUUUGGACACAUUUUCCCAUUAAAUCCAAUGAGAAAGUGUGUCCAAACUUAUGACCGGUACUGUAUAUCUCAUUCAUAUCUGUAGCGCGCUCAGUAGGAAACAGAGAAGGAACGUGUAUUCAUUCAGUUGCAAAGGAGUAUCAAGCUCGUUGUGCAAAACUGGGGGAAUGAAACACCUGCAUCCAAGGUCAGACGCUGUAGAAGAAGAUACCAUUGUUUUGUGUUUCCAACAGUUUCUAGCCAGAAAAUGAGUGUAAGAUAAGGCCUCCGUCAGUUUAAUCUGCCCAGCAGAGGAAUAUAAGGGUAUAAAACACUGAGCUCACUCUGCACAGGCAAAGAAUUUCUCCAUUUCCAGUGUGUGAACAACUGAUGUGUGUGUGUGACUUCUCUCUUAAAGGAUAAAGAUGACUCGGUUCAGCUUAGGUUAUUAUUUUCUUAAUUUCUCACUGGUCAUUGGUAAAGGGAAAAAUUCCACAACAACUUCUUAACCAAGGUAAAUCAGAAAUAUCUAAAGUAUUCAAAAUCUUUUCAAAGAAUACAUUUUAGAUUGUUCUGUUUGAACUGUCACAGAAGUUAUAAAAACAAGUAGUUGCUCCAAUUUAAAGGUUAUUAGCCACCAAGCUGUCAGUCAGCAGUUGUUUGUCUUGUCUUCAGUGUGUAAAGCACCGUCUUUGUUGGACCUCAGUGUUUUUUGUUUUUUAAAGCUUUUUUGGUGUAGACUACGAUUUCACUCAUGUAGUGCAAUUUCUGUUUUUUUCUGCCUCUUCCUACUUUAAUUUUUUGUAUCCUUGCAGUCUCCCAGUUCCCCUUGUUGAAUACUGUAAAUAGUUACUGCCUCCCUCUGCACUGAAGUGUUAUGUUACCAAAACUUCUGAUAACUAAUAUGUCCAUGUAAAUAAAUGUCAGAUGGCUUAAUCCAUUCUUUUUAUAAUACACUGCCAGUUAAGUGACAGACUGAUGAUGUUAAAAAAGAGAUGUGCUGUUUCAUGUGAUAUAUUUAGUAUCAGUAUUUAGUAUAUUUACAUUUUUCUUAAUUUAAAAUGCUACACAGACCACAGUAUUUGGCUGCUAGCCUGGCUGUGAUAGUGACCCCGUUGCUGCAUGGAUAAGUGAUGUUAGUUCAGUUCAUGAUGCAAAUGAUAUGUCCAGCUUUACCAUUUGAACCCUCUGUGAGAGAUAUGUUACCAACAUCCUACCGGAGUUCAGGUGCAAGUAUAGUGCAGUGCAACAAUCCAGCAACCACUGCAUGUUUAAUGUUAACCAUUAAAACAUAUGUCCCUGCUAGUGUUGUAAAACUCCUAAGUACGGCCACAACAACAGUCACACUGACAGAUGUGCUCUCUUACAGCUGCAGUUGUAAAAUUACAGAUGCAGUCUGUCACUUCAGCCGUCAGUGAGGGAGCAGGUGAACUAGCUUUUCUAGUUUUUGUUUCUGAAUGUAACGGUACAGGUUUGAUACAGCUCAGUUUCAUUGUGGAUCAAAGGAAGUGCAGAAGUAAAGCAAAAGAAAAAUGUAACUUUUUUUUUUUCAUUGCAGCCCAUUGCAACUCCAUUAUUAUUAUGUGUAAGAAACCACAGACUACUGUGACUGAGUUAUUCCUUUGCUUGAAUAUUCUGAGUGUUCCUGGUCACUUCAUAGUUGAAUAUUUUGUGUUAAAAAUGAUGCAACCACUGAGUGAAGUUGAGCUCUGUUGUUAAAUUGGAAGGGUUGUCAAUGUGUUCAAACGCUGUAUGUGCUGAUUGAUAUUCCCAUGGAAGAACUGACCAUACAGCCUGAUCUCAGGGGGAAAAUCCAAA